AUGGUUCGAAGAUUCAGCUCUCUCUUUUUCCGGCAAAGCAGCCAGGGUAACUUGGCUCGGCCUGCUGCUGAUAAUGCAGAGGCCGGGGCUUCACAUCCGGUAGCGCCACCCAACCCUCUGCAGCGGACCGACUUCCCCAAGAAGACCGUCCGCCAUGUCAAAUCAAAUGGAAAUUUGCUGGGAACAUUACGGUCGCUGCAGUAUAGCACACAAACUCAAAUUUCUCAGCCACCUCUUCCAAUCCAAUCCGCAACGGGCCUCGGCGAACUUCAGGAGUUUUUCUGGCUGGAGGACAAUCUGCACCGUACUACAUCGCAACUGGACCGCUGCUCAAAUCAGCUUGAUAAAAUACACGGCUCGGCAGCAGAGGUCAGACGGGAGCUUGAGGGCCUUCAGUCUGAGCUUGAACUCUUGCAGAAGAAGAUGCAGAAUGGUGGAGACCGUGUCAAGAGCGAAGAGUCGAAUAAAGAAUCGACUAAAGAAUCACCCAAGCCAAUCAAACUUGCGUCAAAACCACAAACAGCCACCCAAAUGAUCGGUCUACAAAAAAGAGUAGAGGACCACGUCAAAGCCGAGGAACGACGGAUAGAACCGGCCAAGCCGGCGCAUCCGGGACCGAAGCAACCGGUGGUCGUCAAAACAAGCAAUAUUCAGCCAAACAGGGUGGACGAGGUUAAAAGCCAGAUUUCAAGAGCCGGGCCGCCCAAACCGGUAGAUUCUGUAUCAAGACGACCAGUGAUUGCCAAACCCAGUAGCAUACAGCAGAGGAUUCAGUUCUUCAGCAAAAUAGCGAACAGUUGA